AUGGCUUCCCAGAACCCGCACUGGCGGGUUCUUGCCGCGUCCGCGCUUCUCGCGCUGCUCCUCUUUGCCCCGCCCGUUCCCGCGCGCGCCAUGGGCGCCGAUCACGGCGGGCACGGCGGGGGGGAUCACGGGAUGGACUCGCAAGGCAAGGGGACGUUGCGGGACGUGUCGAUUAGCGGGAAACGUGCGGUGCGCAAAUAUCUGAAGAAGUUUGUGGAUCCGCUGCCUAUUCCGCCCAUCGUCAACGCGGACUGGCUCCCGAAAGACCCAAAGGGCGCAGCUGCUCUCACCGUCACCGCGUUUAGCGUGAAACGGAGAUUCCACCGGGACCUGCCCCUAACCCGCGUGUACGCGUUCGGGCUCACGCGAAAGUCGGCCAGCGUGCCAGGACCGACCAUCGUGGCGCGCGUCGGAGCGCCGCUGCACGUGACGUGGGAGAACAACAUCACAGAUCAGCAGCAUAUCAUGCCCGUCGAUUACACGCUCAUGGCUCCCAAGCUCAAGAAGGGGGGCGUUCCUAUCACCAUCCACGUGCACGGCGCGCAGGUCUCCAGCUCUCACGACGGCCACCCAGAGGCUUGGUACACUUACUGGGGGGAGAAAGGUCCUGAGUUCGAAUCUAACCAGCACCAUUAUCCGAACAUGCAGCCACCCAGCACCCUGUGGUACCACGACCACACCUUGGGAAUGACGCGGCUCAACACUGUGGCAGGGCUUUUUGGCGCUUUCAUUCUGUCCAACCCCCGAGCAGAGCGGAAGCUUAACCUGCCCGUGGGCAGGUUUGACGUGCCGUUGCUUAUCCAGGAUAGGUCGUUUUUGUGGAACGGGCACACUUUUAUGGAGGGAAAGGGCCUGACGAAAGCACAUCCGGUGUGGUUACCCGAGUACUUCGGGAAUUUCAUGACUGUAAACGGGAAGGUAACCCCCUAUCUGACAGUGCAGCGUCGCAAGUACCGCUUCCGCCUCGUCAACGGCUGUAACGCGCGUUUCCUCGACCUCGCCCUCCGCGCCUCCUCUCCCGUUUCCGACGAUCCCAGCGGCACCGCCAACAGCACCAGCAUCACCCUCCCCUUUAUCCAGAUCGCCUCGGAGUCUGGUUAUCUCAACCGCCCCGUGCCUCUCCGCAGAUUAACCCUCGCUCCUGGGGAGCGUGCAUGUAUCAUUGUGGAUUUUAGUCAGAUGCCCACAGGGGCAACAAUUCGGGUGAAAAACCGCGCUCCUGCGCCGUAUCCCGGGGGUGAUUUACCCACGGGGGAUCUACAGUACGUCAUGCAGUUCAACGUGGAGGGUGACCCGGUCGUAGACCCCUCUACAGUGCCGGCUCUGCUUAACUAUAUCCCGCUUCUCAGCCUCAAAAACAUUGCUGCGACAAGGGAAAUUACCCUUUCCGAAGUGGCGGAUAAGGCAACUGACGAGCCGCUAACGGGGCUGAUUGAAAAGAAGCACUACCACGAUAAAUUGAGCAUCACGCCUUCAUACAAGACGCGCGAACUGUGGUACCUAAUCAACCUCUCAGAAGACGCUCACCCCAUCCACAUCCACUUCUCCCCACACCGCAUCCUCUUCCGCCGCCCGUUCGACAAGGAGCUUUAUGAGGCCAAGAAAUGCAGCAUUCCCGCCGGGACCUGUUACGCUGGCCCAGCUGUUUCUCCUAAGAAGAACGAGAGGGGAAUGAAGGACACCACUAGAGCUCCUCCCGGGUAUGUGACUGCGCUGGUGGUGGAUUUUUCUCCGUGGAUGGGGGAGGAGUUGAGCUUUGAUCCCACCAAGGGGCCGGGGUACAUGAUUCACUGCCACAUCUUGGAUCACGAGGACAACGACAUGAUGCGACCAUUCACCAUCCUGCCGGCAAAAUAG